CCCACGUCCGCACGAGUCUUCAAGUGAGCGGCGGGCCGCGAUUGCUCGGAGAAUGUGCGUCGGAGGCUUCUCUUCCCACCAUCACGACCAAUCUCGAACGGACCUGACCUGCUAGUUUGCCUCGACCAACUUACAGCCGUCGUCGUCGUCGUCGUCGUCUGUGUCGGUCAAUCAAGUCUGGGCCCUCCUUCCUCAUACGGCUCCCUGCCGCCCGACCCUCGUAUGUCGCCUGCUACGACUCGUGCCUCUGCCUCUCCUUCUCCCUCUUCUCUACGAUCCGCACCUCCUUCGCCUGUCCAAUCCCUGCUAGACGGUGCACCAACUCCACCUUCACAGCAGUCGCUGCCACCGCCCUUACUCUGCACGCCAGAGCGCUUCAUCGGUGGCGCUCAGCCCGCGCAACCUCGUAGCGCGCCGGCUACCAUCAGCGGCGCUCGAGCUCCAGCUGACAUCAAGAGGAUCAAGAUGGAGCAGCAGUCAACCCCGACGAAAACUAAAGGCAGACCGCCACAGACGUCGGCAUCACCUCGUUCGACUAAGGCAACUGCUACCGUCGGUGCAACGGCCGGACAGGCAGUCUUGGCUGAGACAGCAACUACCACAUUGACCACAAGGAGUGCUUCAGGGAGCGCUCAAAGCUCGCCUCGACGCAAUCGUCCAGUUCACAAGAUCCCUUCACGAGAUGUCGCCCUCAAGACAUCUGUGUGCCGUACAGACUCGCUGCCCACGCCUGCCCUCACGCCUUCGGGGGAUAGGGCUCAAAUUCAUCACCGUGCAACCACUUCGACUCCAGGCAAGAGACCUCGCGAUGGCAAUACUAUCUCGCAGAGUUCACCUUCGAGCAAGCGACUGCAGAUCGACAAUCCAGCACAGUCUGCGUCUCUCCCAGCUCCUGCGGCCACAAGCGAGCGCCGCCCCUCUGCAACCAAUGCAGACGCCGUAAGGCAUCUCUCCACUCAAGACGCCAGCAGCAGCUCAGCUUCCUCAAGUCCGGCACCUCUCGAGAUGAGGCCCAAAGCGAAAGAGGCAUCAGCAGCUACCUACAUCUCACCCAUCUCCGCCACGGCAACGCCUGCUCCAGCCUCUGGGGCGAUUGCAUCUGCGGAAGAAGCCGCAGCAGCAGCUACGGCAGCCUGGGCGGAGGCUGCUCCUCCAGUGGCUUCGCCGGCACAGGAGGGAUCGGCCUCUCGUGAUAGAGCACGCACAGGGUCGUCUUCCUCUGCCGCUUCGGAGGCAGUCGCGGACGGUGCAGCACAGAUCUCUUCCGCCAAGAAGCCUACUGACGCUGAUAGAUCGUCCGCAGCUUCCUCGAGUCAAGCAGCGCGGGAGCACUCGGAAGCCAACUACCUGGUCACUGUUCGAACGAUAGACGGCAGUGUUACUACGACAGGCAAGCGGUUCAAGGCGCUGCCCGAGUCAUUCAGAAGCGCUUUGAUUACUCUGAAUGCCAGCGGUCAGCUCACAGCGGAGGGUACCGAGAUCACUACGUCAUUCUUCCUUGAGGAGACGAAAGAGACAGUAGUCGCAAUACUGGAAUGGUAUCGUGCCAGAGUCCGUGAGCAGGCAAGAUUGGUUCCAUAUCGGACAAUUCCAUGCUGAACGCCCACUGUGCCUCCUACGUCGCUCGCAGUUCCCAAUGGUCAUUCGGCAAGAGACGCCUUACGCGGACGGGCGGCCAGACUCGUACUCAACGAUCUCGUGCGAGCGAUCCACGAAGCUCCUGCAUGGGAGAGAGACCCUGCCAUGAAGAAUGACAAAAUCCAAGAACUCGAGGCGACUCUGAUCGAGCGUUUACUCGGCUGUGAGCUCGGAAGUUUUACGUGGGCAGGCGGAGAUCAAGACGGCGCAGAUCUCCUCGAUUCAUUCCACAAGACGGCAAAGGGUAUCGAAAGGUGGCUUCACAGGGGCAAGAAGACGCCGUAUCAGCUCAAGUGGACGUGAGUACGUAGCGGUAGCUCAAGCGAGAGGCAUUCAC